GAGGAAACGAUUUGCACAUUCACAAAGGACCAUAGAAGAAUAUAAUGAUGAUCAUGCUGAUGAAUUUUGUUGCAACAAUGUGCUUGAUUGCUGGAACACGAGGGUACAAAGAUGACAAAGUUGAUUGUUUCGACUGUAACUACUCGCUAAACGGAAUGGGUGGAUUUGGCGCAUGUUCCUUGAAAUCGCGCCAUGUUUUCCCAUUGGUCGACACUACCGAGUGUGAUUCCAAAACUUGCUUUAUAAGGAAGGAUCCCAACGGAUAUAUAUACCGAGGUUGCGCUGAUCAGGCCAAUCUGCCUUUGGACGUGGACACGACUAGCGGAAAAUGUACCUACCAGGGGUAUGGUCCAAACAAAUCACUGUGGUACUUCUGCAGCUCGCAUGAAUGCAAUAAUGGAUUUUUGGAGGAGAGAUGCUCAAAUUGUGUUUAAACAAUUUGAAUGCAAAAGACGUUAUCGAAAAUUAUAAACCAUCGUAUACUAGGAUAACGAUUGACUUUAAAGAAGCUAGACGAG